AUGAAUGUGGCGAUUGUAUUUGGCGUACGGAUAUGGUGCCGGUGGUAUAUCAUCCUUUCACUUUCAAUCAAAACCUUGAGUAAACUGAUUGCUAGUAGAUUGAAAUCAGGAGCUCAAGAUCAUCCUCAGUUUCAAAAGAUUUGUGUUGGUGUAGCUCAAUCUUUACAACGUUAUGAAACCAGAUUAGCCUCAAUCUUUUCCAAAAUCCAACCGACCAUCAGACCCCUAAGUGACACUAAAGCUAUUCAAAAUGGUGCCAAUUUUUUAUCUGAAGCUUCUUUAUUCACUGUAGCACUCGGUUUAAUUGUUGGAGAAAACUUACGUAGUAGGAUCCAAAACGCGAAUCGUUGA